AAAAGUUAAAGAAAAUUAAAAAAAUAAUGCCGACGGCAUGAAAAAUUAAAUGCAAUUUGAAAAAUAUAAAAAAAAUUUUAACAAAACGUGCCAAAUUAUUAAAACAAGCAAAUAAAACGAAAAAAAGUUGACAUAAAAAUAACCCAGAAAAUAUUUUCACCAAAAAAAUAUAUAAAAUCUUAAAAAAAAAAAUGAAAUUAAUUCAAGAAAAAUUUUUACAAUUUCUUCAGAAAUUGACUUAAAAACUAUAAAACAAAAUCAAAUACUAACUGAAUAUAACAUCACAACAACAACAACAGCAAAAGCUACCAACAAGAAAACACCAUUCCCCAAAUUGUUUGGCAAAGUCAACAUGACCGAAUACGUUACUCCUAAUAUACACACAGUGUUAAAAAAGUAUCAAACAAGUGCUCCAAAAUCUUUACAAGGCCCAGGUCACUCCUUACAGACAACCACAUCCUCUUCGUCAUCCUCAUCAACAUCGAAUAACAACAUUGUGAAUUUACAAACACAGCAGCAGCAGCAACAAUCAGCACAACAACAACAAGCAAGCAUAAAUUGUCCUUGUCCCUUAGAUGUUAGCCUUAAUAAUGGCCCGACAUCUUUGGUUGCGGAUAUACACGGCUUGGUUACAAUGCGUAAUAGUCCGUGUGAACUUAUUAAAACGGCUGGCCACUGCCCCACCACCAUCACUAACAGCAACAACAACAACAACAACAUUAAUAAUAACUCCACACCUCAAGCUUCUUCAUCAGUCGCUUCAAAUGUUGCAGCAACGAAUGCUGCCGCCGCCGCAGCAGCAGCAGUCGCCACAAAUCUUAAUCCUGCCUUGCCUCUUAUAAAAAAAGAAAUAAUGUCCUCACCAGAACCUGCUCUAACCAAUGCACAUGAUCUCCCAAAUGAAAAUCCCUUACAAGCUGCGCCUAGUCUACUAGCGCCACCCUCUGUCAAAAUAAUGCCUCCUCCACCGCCUGAGGUAUCUCAGCCAAUACUUUCGGCUGCCGAUUCAGGUUCGGGCGAAUUGUAUGAAACUCGUUUGGAGGGUAAAACCAUAGGUUGCUUUUCUCUGGGCGGUGAGAUGCGUUUGUGUUUACCCCAGUUUCUCAAUAAUGUUUUGGCAGAAUUUUCUUUAGAGCAAAUUAAUCGUAGUUUUGAUGAUUUGGGCAUUUUCUGCUCCCAGUGCACCCCAGAUCAGUUAAUGGAAUUUAAGGCUGCUAAAAUUUUACCAUCUGACGUCAAAUCGAGUGGUUUAAUAACACGCACCGACGCCGAACGUCUUUGCGCCAUACUUUUACAUCGUUCUGAUCGUAAUAGUUAUAUUAAUGUUGAAGACAUACCCAAAGGCGCCAUUUCCUUUAAGGUCUAUCAUCGUUGCUUUGGCAAAUGUGAGGGUAUUUGUACUCCCGAUAUGUAUUCGUAUCAGAAACCCACUUGCAUUAUGUGUCUCGAGUGUAAGGGUUGGUUUUCGCCACAGAAAUUUGUCGGUCAUGUUCAUCGUAAAGUUGAGAAUCGUACUUGUCAUUGGGGUUUUGAUUCGCGUAAUUGGCAUGAUUAUUUACAUGUCGCCUUGGAUGUAGAGAAUCGUGAGAAAUAUCAAAAGAUAUUGGACGAAUUAAAGGAGGUGGAGUUUAAGGAACAAAUCAAGGCUCAACAUGAGAUUAACUAUUUAAAAAGAAAGGUGAGUUUUGAUAAUUUUUAUUUGUAUUAUCAUAUAAAUCGGAUAGUUUUUGUCAAGUUCAUCUUUCAGUUUAGUUAUAGUUUAGUUUUUUUUUUUUUAACAAAUUAACUACAGACAUAAAAG